CUUUUCCAUGGAAAAAAAAGCCCAUCGUCACUUCCCACUGGAACACACUCACCAUCCACUCGAAUUGAACUCCACCUUUAUCAUCACAACACAGAAAAACAAGGAAGAACACUAAAAAAAAAAAAAAGAUCGAAUCUUUGAGCCCCGCAACACGCACCCAGUGGUCUCUCUCGCAGGCCUCUGUGGGUUGCGGUUGUUGCCGCUCCUCCUCCUCCUCUUCUUCUUCUUCUUCUUCUUCAGAAGGGAGAGAAGCCACAUGCUUCUUCGAGUAACCUGAAGAUUGAUUAAGAGAAGGUGGGCAGGGGGGAGGUUCCGGGGGUCUCUCUGCGUGGCAAAGAGUUGGAGCGAGCUUGCUGAGUCCGCGCGGGAACCGACAAAUCUUCCUCUUUUCUUACUAUCGAAGGAGAUGUCACCUUCUCUUGGCAAGAGCAUACCUCUGCCUCCCGCCUUCCGAAUCGACGAUGAGGUCAGAGCUGCUGAGAAGCAGGGUAUUGUCUUUAUUCUCGGGUCAGACUGCGAGAGACCCAAGAAUGCUUCCCUUCGCAGGACGCUCUCUGCUGAUAUGUCGUCCAGGAAGUGGCUUGCCCAGAAUGGUUUCUCUCCAAUAAAGAAGACUGCGUCAUCUGAAGAGCUUCUGGCCUCGAUCGCUGAUUCAUCUUCUUUCUCGGAAGAAGACGACAACCAUGCACAGAAGGAUGGCGAAGGAAGAGGCCAGCUUGACAUUUGGAACUCCAUCCAGGAAGCAAAGAAACAGGACGCUGAGAAGUGCACCUGGAGCUCAAUUCUGUCUCAUAAGCUCGAGGAUUCGAAGUCCCUUCCCCCACCUUAUUUUCACCCUCUGGUAAAGAGAUCCACGAGCUCUUUGAGCGAGAAGAGCCUUCAGAUUUGCACUGAGAGCCUUGGAUCCGAGACUGGCUCUGAUGGGUUCUCCUCAUACCCGCCAUCAGAAGUCGGAGACAUGGAAGAUGCUAAGGCAGAAGAGCACGAGCCACUUCAACAAGAAGGGAUGCCGCCGCAGAGUUUUGGCCUGGAAGAAUUCGAUGCCAUCAAGUACAAUUUUGCCUCUACUAAGAAGAUCCAACCUCGAUCUUUCCCUCCCCCUUUACCUUCCCUGUCUCGAGAAGAUGGGGCAUCCCUCUCGGUGCACUCUCGCCGUGACAAUGGACGGCUAGUCCUUGAAGCUGUCUCCAUUUCAUCCGAGAAACAUUUCCAAGCCCAACGGGAAGAUGGCCGUCUCGUUCUUACAUUUGUGAACAGUGUUUCGUCUGGCGAAGAAAUCUAUGAUGGGGAGGAAGUAGAUGAUGAAGAGACUGAGAACAUGUCGAUGGAGUUAAAUGAAGAUGCCGAGAGUUUCUAUGGAAAUAGCGAUGAGGAAGAGGAAGAAAGCGAAGAGGAUGACAGAGAGAAGGAGAAUCCAGAGGAGGCAGAGGAACUUGAGUUUGCAAGAAUCAGUAACGGUCGUGGCGCUAGGGAGAUGGCGUUUGUCAUGGAACAAACUCCCAAUAUGUCAAGCGGAGUGAUAAAUGUCCAUAAGCUAGCACUCCUGAUGAACAAGCCAAUCUGUCCACCUAAUAGAAGCUCGACUUGGCAGAGCAAGUUCGAUAAAGUGGCUAACUACGACGAGGAGGAAGACGAGGCGCUCCCACUCAAGGAAUCACUCCCCCUGCGGGCUCCAGUGGCUAGGAUGCUAUCGACGCAAUCGCUGUCACCCCAAUCUGCGCCAGCAGCAGCUUCCUUCAAUGCAUACGAGUACUUUUGGCGAGCCAAGCCCAUGACCACUGCUGGCAUUAGCCCGAUCACCCUGCAGUUUCCAUCACAGAAGAAUUGCAGUAACAACAGCUACAUCAUGUCCAAGUAUGCGAAGCCGAAUGAGCCACAGGAAGCAAUGCUUGUGAAAGGGAACGAGGCUUAUUACUUGACCAGCUGCAAUAAGCCUAGGAGCACUCUGUUUCUGUGGGAGCCCAAGUGCAUUGCCACAUCCUGAAGAAUCCCAACGUACCGAGAGUGCGCGCACUCGAGUCCCACCAGUUAUUAUAGCCACUUGCUCUUUCAAGGUUUGCUUAGGCAAUAAAAGGAUGAGAAGAGGCAGACAGUACUUGGAUUUAGGAUUACUAAUGAAAGACAGCUCUUAACAGUGUGGUAUAUAAUUUUCAUCUGCUCUUUGGAAAGCUUAACAAAUAAAAGUGCUACUUAUAUAGUUCAUGUGAUCCAGUAGUAUCAUGUACCAUUUCUGGCUGAACUGCUUAAUAUAUGGUGAAUUCGUAGAGCCAUGCUUCUUGGCUAUUGCUCAU